AUGAGCAGUUGGUCGAGCUUCCUUUGCUUCUUGAACAUCUUCCAGCUGGUUUCAAGCAGCAGCGUCACCAUUGCCCGACAUGAAGCUUGUAGCGGAGAGCACAACCUCGCUCAAGAAGUUUCAUCCUGCUUCGUUGGGGAAGCCCUGGGGGAGAGCGUGCGCAUCAAGGUAUUGGCCUUCAACGCUACUGAGAAAGAAGGCAUGCUGCAGCUUCGCGGCACGGGCGUCUCAAACACCGAAUGUGAGACCCAGUUUUCACAGGCGGCUCAGGCCAUUAGCUUGCGUGAAGCAUGCCUGCCAAGCGGCGUGAGCUCGUUGACGGUGAAAUACUGCUCCGACCAGGACGCCUUUUUGCUGCAAGCGGUGGUGGCAGGUAUCCCCACUGACGUCAUCUUGGAGAAGGCUACCUGCCCGCAAGCCUCCCUGAUGCAAUCCGUGAUCAGGCGGGACCGCCCUGUACAGCAUCACUUCCAUACCACCUGA